AUGAAGAAGGUCGUCGGGGACAACGCCACCUUACCGUGUCACCAUCAGUUGCCGUCAUCCAAAUCGCUUGACAUUGAGUGGCUGCUACAGAAACCCAACUCCAAGCAAAAAGUGAUCAUCACAUUCUUCGGGGGAGAGGUGUACACCAAUGAGGAGAACAGGCGUCUGUCCUUAGCAGGGGACUAUCUGGGAGGAGACGCCUCUCUGCUCAUCAGUGACCUGCUGCUGGCCGACUCUGGAGAGUACUACUGUAAAGUCAAGACUGCCGGGAACUACCACUGGAGCCAAGUCAACCUCAUUGUACUGGAGAAACCUUCAAAGCCUGAAUGCAGGAGAGAUGGCAAACUGUCAGAGGGCAGUGACGUCAAACUGAGCUGUAAAUCCAGCGACGGAUCAGAGCCCAUCAGCUACAAGUGGGAGCGAGUUCUGGACAAUGGCAAGAGUCUGGGAAAGCUGCCAAACCUGGCUCUGAUAGAUCUGAAAAAUCCAGAGAUUGUCACCUUGAGAAACCUGACCAUGGAUAGCACAGGUGUGUACAGGUGCACCGCCAGCAAUGACGUGGGCGAGGAGAACUGCACCGUGGAGGUCCCCAUGCAGCAUGUGAGAGACAUGGGGAUGGUGGCCGGUGCAGUGGUGGGGAUAUCCCUGGGUGUCCUCAUUGUCAUUUUAAUCAUUUGGCUCGUCUUUCGGAAAAAGGAGAAAAAGAAGUAUGAAGAGGAAGAGACUCCAAAUGAAAUCCGGGAGGACGCAGAGGCUCCCAAGGCCAAAUUGGUGAAGCCCAACUCGCUGUCUUCGUCACGGUCUGGCAGCUCUCGCUCGGGCGCCUCCUCCACUCAGUCCAUGGUGCACAACAGCGUUCAGCGUGGUCACCGCCCCCGUCCUCCGGCUGUCGCUGCUCUGAAGGAGAACGGCCAACCCCCCGGCUUCCCUCAGUCCCCCCCUGCCUACACCACAGUGGUCCCACUCACCAAGACCCCCGAACCCCCCACCACGCCCAAAUACAACUCCAGGAACAUCUCCGCCCCUACGCCGCCCACCCUCAUGGUCCCAGCGCAGACCAAGGCCUUCCAGACUGUUUAA